GAGAACAGAAGAAGCGACAGCGGGAGGAAGAACAGGAGGAGCUCUGCUGUGAGGAGGAGAGCCGCGAGGAGGAGCACCGAACAAAACGGGAGCUUUUUAUUUUCCCAGCGUCCAGUUAGCCUCAGCGGCAGUUUAUACAGAAUGAUGUUGCAGCAUCCAGGUCCCUCGCUGGCAGACGUCAGCUGCUCCGCCCUCGUGCCCUGCCUCUCGCCACCGGGUACGCUGACCCUGGAUGACUUCACUAACUUCACACCCAUCGUCAAAGAGGAGCUGCGGCUCACCAUCCAGACCAAGAGGCUGUCUAACGGACUCAGCGUGGACCUGAGCUCGGACGGCUCCAGCUCAGAUCGAGCAUCUGAGAGGACCAGCGGUGGGGCCGGGGUCAAGAGAGAGUUGACUUCUGAGGAGCAUGAGAGGAGGAAGAGGAGGCGAGAGCGCAACAAGAUCGCUGCUGCCAAGUGUCGUAACAAGAAGAAGGAGAAGACCGAGUCUCUGCAGAAGGAGUCUGAGAAGCUGGAGAGCGUCAACACCGACCUGAAGGCUCAGAUCGAGGAGCUGAAGCAGCAGAAGCAGCAGCUGGUCUACAUGCUGAACCUGCACCGGCCCACCUGCAUCGUCCGAGCUCAGAACGGCCAGACGCCCGAGGACGAGCGGAACCUCUUCAUCCAGCACAUCAAAGAGAGCACCUUGAACCUCAACCUCACCCCCACCGCCCCCACAACCUGCUCCACAGCGCCCCCUCUGGACGCAGGUCUGCUGACACUCGAUCACAUUCAUUGCUCCGAUCAUCUAUGAACAGCCAUGGGUCCUGACCUGCCUCCUGACCCGGGUCUUCAGACUUGGCUGAACUCUGAAAGAAGUGCUGCCACAAAUUUUGAUAAAAAGCACGAAUGAUGACUGUAAAAUAUUUUAGCCACCUUUGAAAGAGUCGGCGCACUCUAGAGAGCGCCAUGCGGCAUCUGACCUGAGCACUUCAUGGUCACAGGAAUUGUAGAUGCUGAUUGGGCAGAAACUCAAUGAAGCGAUAAACACAUUACGAACUUUAUUAUGGCUUUUAAAAUAACAUUACAAACAGUCCGAGCCAAGACGGGACAAUGAUGCACUAAAAGCCAUCCACUGUUAUUUCUUUUUAAUUUCUUAUUGUCAACAUGUGAAACGUUUGUUUGUUUGUUUUGUUUUUUGUAUCAAAGUGUGAUUUCUGGUACAUCAAGAAAAUCUAUCAGAUACUAGUGUUAUCAAAGCUGCAAGUCAGUGACUUUAAACAUUUUUUUUCUUUGUGUGUUAAAAAAUUCAAAUGGUUCGUAGAAGCUCAAAAUAUAUUUAUUCAUGAACUGCUGUCAAUAUUACAACUGCCCUCUUUGUCCUUUAUGACAUGUAAACUGCUGCUAACCUCUCAGGACCUACGCUGGCUGUAGAAGUCUAUUUUAUUUGUGUUCAGACUAAGACUUUAUAGUUAAAAAUGUGAAUUAGCGGGUGAAGCACAGUUUGUCUUUGUGUACUAAAAUAACAAACUACAUACCCUGAGCAAGGCUCAAAAAUUCACUGCUUUAAAAUACUUCAAAAAGUGUCAAAUAACAGAAAUAAUCAUAAAGCAUACAAAGAGUAAAAAACUGGAACACUGCAAUUUGUAUCCACUUUAUCAUUAAAAUAUGACUUUCAUUUAAUAAAAGAACCACAAUUCGGUGCAAAAAAGUAUUUUUCGUCCAAAAGAUACUUUGACGAUGUUUUUCUUUACUUAAUGGUUCAGAGUUUCCCAAAUGUUUUACACGUUAUUUAUCUUUGUCUUCUUCUUCAUACCGACUACAGUCACACAAAUAGAGUCUUCAUAUCUGACUAAACUAGCGACAGCGAGAUUGUAAACAUCAUGAGGUUUGGGGAAUUUUUUUAGAUUGACGCUAAUAACCAUCUACAAAGUUUGUAAAAUCUGUGAGUAGUGAUCUAAUGUUACCCAGUCAACAUAAAGUUUAAUCAUUGCUCACAAAUGAGUUUAAGCUCAGUUUCCAGACAGCUACAUGUGAAAUAGCAAAGUUGGCCUGUUUGAAAAGUAACGCCACAUGGCUGCUGCUACCUAGCUACCUAGUUAACUUGAGCAGAAGGUAUUUGUACUCUGAAAACUAGCACUGACCAGGUUUUGGAAAAAUUUUGUAUUUUGGUGGAUUUUGAAACAAACUUAUUAUGUGACAUAGCUAGCUAGCUAACACUGUAGCUGCCAACUUUUUGGAGACGUGUAGCGCAAUAAUGUGAUUGAAUGUGGAAAAAAAAAAUUGUCUUCUUGGGUCCACUCAGCAAAACUUGCAUAAAUAACUAAAACUCUGGAAUUAACACAAAUCUCAGAGUUUCUGCCAAAAUGACCGCGUGUCUGUGACUAGUGACAUGAGUACAUUUUAUUCCUGUUUGUUUGUUUGCUCAUUGAAUCUGUGUCACUACAUGAUGUAUAUAAGCUCAGACUCUUUAGUUUUUUUUUGUUUUGUUUUUUGUGGGGGGGCUGUCACAAAAUUUUAAGUAACACAUUUGCGUUCACUCGAUGUGAGAAAUGUGGUGUCAACAAAUCGGACAACGUGACAUUUGCCACAUUUGUUUCUCGCUCGAGUCUUCGGUCCCUCAAAAGCAAAAAAAAAAAAAGUUUUUCA